CAGAAGGGGGCCUCCAGGGCCCGGAGAGUGCACCUUUCUUCCCCCUUCCCAUCUAUCACCCCCCAGCAAGCGACGCCCAGUUGUCCCGGUCCGAUUUUGUCCUUGCCCUGGCUUCGUCUUCAGGCGAGGGCCGUGAGUAGCGCGACCGAGUCUUUGGAGGCGAUGCUGCAGAACCGGCCCACAGUGUGUUGCGUGUUGCUGGAGGCGUACGUGGGAGUGCUGGAGGACCCCGAGACGGGCGAGGAGACCGAGCAGGAGGUCGGCGGGCAUUGCGUCAUGGUCGUGGGGGGCGACCUCCUGGGCCCCGGCUACGUCGCGUUCGACCCGUGGGGGCCUGGCGACGGGGCGGUGAGCUUCUGGUCCGGGCACGACGCCGAGCGGGCGUCGCCGCUGGCGUGGGUGGAGCUGGCGACGCCUGCGGGGCCGGCCGCGCCAGCGCAGCCGGCGCCGCCCGCGCCCGCCGACAUGUCGGCUGGAGGGGCGCUGAGCCCAGACAUGCUCGCGCCGUUACAAAAAGUCGCAGCACCUCAGAUCCUGGCGUUUCACACGGUUCGAGCCAGGCGGUUUCGCCGAGUUUCGGCCUUUAGAGCCCUCACAGAUCGAUCCAACUCGGAAACUG